GUCAAACAGAACAAUUAGUGAAGAUAAAAUUACUUUCUGUCCAAAACGUAAACAAAUCACUAGUAAAUCUAAAUAAUCUCACAAAGUUUAAUUUAGAUGCAAACCCCAUGCACAGACAAACAACAGAAAAAUUAAGCCUUUAGCCAAACAAAAAAAACAACAGAAAAAUAUUGGGAAAUCGGCCAAAAAAACACUGAUCUUUAUAGGAAUUGCCAAAACAAACCUGUACUCGAGCCUGACCAAAAAAACACCAAACUUUUGUUGACUUUUUACAUUUAUUAAAACACAUACCAUUGACUUGCCAUAUUAACACACCGUUAACUGAGAGUUAAGACAGUGUUAACUCACCGUUAAUUACUACCGUUUAUUGAAACGACAUCGUUUCAAAAAUGUUGUUAGGUGGGUUUCGAACUCGUGCACUCGGGGUCAUUAUAGGGGCUUUUGCCACUAGGCUAGUGGACUUUUCAAUAUAAUACCAUACAUAUUUAUUUUUAUUGAUCUAACGAUGUGGUUUAGUUUAGUUUAAUUAAAAUUGUUGUUAGGUGGUUUCGAACUCGUGCACUCGUGGUCAUUAUAGGGGGCUUUUGUCACUGGGCUAGUGCACUUUUCGAAAGAGUACCAUAACUAUUUGGUUUUAUUGAUACAACCCGGAUGUUUGAUCUAAAUCAAUCUAUCUAUCGUAACCCUAAUUUCUCCAGUCACUUCUCCGAAAUCCUCCGGUGCGAUGGAGAAGGAGAUGGAGAUGGAGGACGACUUGGAGUUUGAAAUAGCUGAGGUUCUAUCCGGACUCAAGCAACAUUAUCCUCACCGCUCUAAGAUACAAGACGAUUUGGAGAAUCCCCAUAGAUCAUCGGAGGUUAAAGGUGCUAUUGAUUCUUCCCAAGGUUGUAAUGCGAGUAUCCAAGCUCAGCACUCAGCCAACACUAAUAAGUCCACCAACGGAACGUCGUCUCCAGUCCCUCAUAUUUGGAGGGAUGAGGAAUUUCGAUUGGGAGAUCGACGCAACCAAAAAGCUCGGCAAAGAAUGGUGGAGAUGGGAGAUCGACGAGAUUGUUGAAGAAGGGUGGAGACGGUGGUGAUGGGAGAUUUGACGAGAUCGUCGAAGAAGGGUGGAGACGGCGUCAUUUUUUUUGUUUCAUUUAACUCGUAUUCGAAGAGAAUAUAAACAACCAUGUUCGUAAAUCUAUUGCAAAGUCCACUAGCUCAGUGGCAAACACCCUUCCCAUUA